UCACAUAGUACAUGCGUGAGCCUUUUGAUUUGGCAAUAUUGUCCUUGGGUGGGAGAAACCGAGUCGUUGGCCUGAACCGUCUGGCGGCCUGUUUUACGCACCGUUGUUCCGCCGCUCUGUUUGGCGAACUUUGACGACAAGUUGACCCCCCGUAGAGUUGACCAAAUGGACCAGCGCUCGGAGACUGGAGUGAUCGAUAAGCAUAGACCUGAUAUAUCGUUGCUAGAAUUUUGGAUCUGCGUUGUGAAAGCCGAAACAGAGCUUCGCGCACCGGUGCCUUAUUACGCUGCGGAACUUCCUCAACAGACACAGCUGCGGCGUGCGGUCGCGAGUCGGUGCUGCCGCACCGGCCGCGUUGUAUUCCUAUGUCGGCAACUGGGACCCGUUGUACCGCAUGCCUCAGUGGAGGAGAAGAAUCUGCCUUCCGACACAUGCGGGCAAGGACCAGCAGCCAAGUCCGGGAUUUCGUAG